CGAUAAUAAAGUGGGUAUAAAUAUCAAGUAUUUUGAUCAGUGGAGAUAAAUACGCAAGUUAUAAACAGCCAAUAGGGUGAAUUAUUUUUAAAAUCAUUAUCGAGCAUUUCUUCAACAAUGGACUUUAAAAUGAUGUCUCUUAUUCUGAUAAUUGGACUGUUGUUAAUUGAAAAUGUCCGGUCUGAAAACUACGAUUCUAUGGGGUCUUCAGCUUCGGCUUCUAUGGCCGCUGCAGCUGGUUCCAGCAGUGGAGGGUCCCAAUACGAUUCUAAUAGCGCUCCUGCUGCAUUUCCUGCUACAUCUUCCGAUUCCCCUCGAAUGUCUACUGAUUUCGCUUCUUCUGAAUCUUCUGAUCCAUCGUAUGAUUCCCCUCGAGAGUCUACUGAUUCCGCUCCUGCUGCACUUCCUGCUACAUCUUCCGAUUCCCCUAGAGUCUACUGAUUUCAGUCCUCCAGAAUCUUCAAUGCCAAAUGAGGAACCUCCAUCUCUAGUUGACCGCAAGUAAUCCAAAAAGGCGAAAUUAUAUGAUAGAAAAAUUGCGCACGCUGUUGUUGGAAUUAUACCGAAAUUAUUUUUUUCUUUUGUUUGAAGAAUACUUCAAAAAUAUUAUUAUCAAAUAAAGAUUCUAAGAAUUCACGUAAAUUAUGCAUUAAUUAUUUUUGGCCAAUAGCAGGACAGGUGCUGAGAAACGCCGGUGUCGAUGAUCCCCAACGUAAUAUUGGUUUUUAAUGAUAAUCAACUACGUAUGUAGUAGUGAUAGCUUCUACAAGGAAAGAAAAUUAUGGCAGCGGUUCCCAUAAUUUUGUGAAAUUUUUUCCUAUACCAUCAUAGGAAUUACGACC